AUGCCGCUCUACUCCUCAUAUCUGGGCGCUUUCAGCGUCUUUGCUCUUGCUACGUUGGGCGAGUCGCGAUCGUCAUGGACUUUGGGACAGGGUAUUGAAGUCAAUUGGCAGUCGAGUUCCCAACAACUGUCAAUUGUACAGGCUAAUAAGACUCUCCUCGCUACCGUCCCUGGUCAGAACUUUCUCAGUGCCAGCACCGGGAAAGACCAAUGGGUCGGUGCGAAUGGCAACUUCAACUAUACCAGCGUGGAUCUCAACCGUUGCCAAGGUCAGAAUGUCACUAGGGUCACUCACUCUUCGCGCGAAAAUAGCGUCAGUGGUGAGGAUGUAUCCAUCCAGGGAUACCUGCAAGACUGUGGGGACCAAUCCAUUGGGUAUACCAUGAGCUUCUGGGUACCCAAGACCCUUCCGGAUCGUGUAGCAUUCGACGUCAAUGUCGAGCCUGCGCACGCGCCAAUGAACAAGCUGUAUGUAACCUUUGGUUCUCAUGCAUCGGAGGACUUUUACGGUCUAGGUGCUCAGGCAUCCUUUGCGUCCAUGAAAAAUCAGACCAUCCCCAUCUUCUCCCGUGAACAAGGUGUGGGCCGUGGCGAUCAGCCCAUCACCGCCCUAGAAGACUCCCAGAGCUGGUUCAGCGGUGGAAACGAAUUUACGACUUAUACUGCCAUCCCUCAAUUUAUCAGCUCUGCUGCGAGAGUCUUCUACCUUAGGGAAGAAGACACUGCCUUUUCUGAAUUCGACUUCACCAAACCCAACGCUGUGACUGUGAGAUACGAUGCUCUGACAGUUGGCGGCCAUUUUAUGCAGGCGGAUAAUAUGCUCAAUGCCAUCACCAUGCUCACCGACUAUGUUGGCAAGAUGCCUACCUUGCCCGAGUGGGUCGAUAACGGCGCCAUCUUGGGUAUUCAAGGCGGACAGGAGAAGGUGGAGCGCAUCGUUAAAGAAGGUCUAAAGCAGGAUUGCCCUGUUGCGGCAGUGUGGCUUCAAGAUUGGUCUGGCACCCACUCUCAAGAAGCACCAUACGGCAACAUGCAAAUUUCUCGUCUCUGGUGGAAUUGGGAAUCCGACAGCAAACUGUACCCAACCUGGGCUGAAUUCGUGCAGGAUCUGCGUGAAGAAUAUGGCGUGAAGACCUUGGCCUACAUCAACCCAUUUGUCGCCAAUGUUAGCUCCAAGGCCGAUGGUUACCGCCGUAACCUCUUCCUCGAGGCCACCAAGGGUGGAUAUAUGGUUCAGAAUUCGACCACGAAUGGCACCGCUAUCAUCUCCAGUGGCAAGGGAAUCCAGGCUGGUAUUUUGGAUCUUACUAAUCAGAAGACACGCGCAUGGUUUGCUGAUGUCCUCCGCAAACAAGUUUGGAACGCCAACAUCUCUGGUGUCAUGUGGGAUUUCGGAGAGUACACUCCCAUCACCCCAGACACCAAGCUGGCGAACAUCUCUUCUGAUGCUUAUUUCUACCACAACCAGUACCCCCGUGAUUGGGCUAUCUUCCAGCGCUCUGUGGCCAAAGAAAUGCCCCUGUUCGACGAGAUGGUCACAUUUCACCGUUCUGCCUCGCUGGGCUCUAACCGCCACCUGAACCUGUUCUGGGUCGGAGACCAAACCACUGUCUGGGGCGUCAACGACGGCAUCAAGUCUGCCGUGACCAUCAUGGGCCAAAUGGGCAUUUCUGGCUAUGCCCAGAGCCACUCCGACCUCGGUGGCUAUACCACCGCCUUCCACCCACCUACCGUAGCAAACUCAUCCGGCGCCAUUGGACGUUCUGCAGAGAUCCUCGGACGUUGGGGAGAACUGGCCGCAGUUUCCAGCGCCGUCUUCCGGUCUCACGAAGGCAACGUGCCCGAGGUCAACGCCCAGUUCUACACCAAUAGCUCCACAUAUUCCUACUAUGCAUACAACGCCCGCAUGUUCAAGAGUCUCGGCCCCUACCGCCGUCAGGUUCUGAACAACGAAAGCAAGACCCGCGGCUGGCCUCUCCUGAGAAUGCCCGUCCUGUACCACCCGGACGACUCCAAGGCCCGCCAUAUUAGCUACCAGAGCUUCUACCUCGGCGCUGAUCUUUACGUUGCUCCUGUCUUGGACCCCCAAACUACCAAGUUGAAUGUGUAUCUCCCCGGUACUGACAGAAACCGCACUUACACCCAUGUCUGGACCGGCCAGACUUACCACGCUGGACAAACAGUGCGUGUUGAUGCGCCUUAUGGAAAGCCGGCUGUGUUUGUGGUCAAUCAUGCGCAUAGCCCCGAGCUGAAUGUCUUUUUGGACUUUGUUCGGAAGGAGAAUGGAACUGUCAUUCGUGUUUAG